GUCAGUGCUACAAAAUCCAAGAAUGGCGUACAAAGAUGUCUAGAUUUUUCUCUCGUGUGUUUUUUUAGAGACAAAAUGGAAGAAAUGCUUGCCAAAGGCGUCGACGCAGAGCAACCUUCAAAACAAAAGUUAGUGCUUUUUUUUAUUUUAUCCAUGCUUGUACGAACACAUCCGCAUGACUUUCGGGUUCUCGGGCGAGCUGGAUCGCCAUAAGAAGAAGUGGAUGACUGGGCAAUCACGACUCUUCAAGGUCACUUGCCUUUUCUUUACUCUUGACGUUUAACCUUCGACGAUAACUAUCAGCUUGAUCGUUACACGGAAGAAGAAUAAAUUAAGCAAAUCGUCAUGCCCAAUCGCCUUCGGUAAGAGUGAAACUAUUCGUCCACCAUUUUGCAGGCAUAAUGGCGCCCAAAACACUCGUUUACUCUAAUUGCGUGGAUAGGCGCACAAACGAGUUAUUCUUAGUUUUGAUUCCAACUUGAUUUUUACCCAUCAUUAAUCGAAUUGGAAACUAGGAAUCAAAGUUCUUCAAGGGUAUUUUUUCCCUAUGUUUCUAGAAUGCACACCCACGCCACAAGCACAUGCCAAAUACCAGAAUCCAGUUUUUUUGUUUGUUUUUUUUGUCUGUUUGGUCUGUUAUUUGCGUCGUCGUGCAAAAGCGUAGCUCAAGCCAUGGGUGAUAUGUACAUUGUAAUAGAAUUUAAGUCAGCCUUUGCUCGUAAAUUGUGAAACAAUGUUAUUAUUCUGUCCCACGGGAGCUCGGCGUGUAAACUUAUUUUUAUUUCGUUGGUAUCGAGAUAUUAGGUUUGUAGAUUUCUGCUUGUUUAUUUUUCCAACUAUUUUUAUCUCGUUUCCUGGGAGCUACAGCUACACGUGCUACGAGUUGGCAUCGCAACGUCAUAAAACUGAUGUGAACCGCCGAAUUCUUGUUUAAAUUCUGUAAGGAAUCAUUUGCAGACAAAAAGGGAACAUACUUUAAACCUGACCCCACCGGUUCAAACUGGCCUUUGACGUGAAUGUUCGUUUUUCUCAAAAUAGUUUUCCCUCUGAUCUAGAUUUUUAACAUUUCACGGAUUGUACGUAGCCGCCUGUUGCAAAAAAAAGCGUCCAUCGCUAUACAUACGUUUUUACUAGCGGUUUAUUUUCGUUCGUGUUAAAAAUCAUUUUUUAACGAUUAUGAACUAUUAUCAUCGUGCACUUGAACCGAAUUAAUUUAAAGGACAGUAUCAUUUAGCUAUCAAGUUAAACUGCCUUUCUGUUAAGGGUUUUAUUUUGUACCGCCAGGUGUCUCUGAAAAUAAGCGUUCCAAAGAUUUGAUUUAAUUAUCGUCUGCUGUUUUGGCCAGAUCUUCAAAAAAAAAAAGCGUUCGCAAAAAAGCGUUAUUUCUUUAAGAGAAUUACUGGUUGAAUUAUCAAAAAAGCACUUCACUUUAAACCGGAAAAUGGCCGGCAAUCAAAAUCCUAUAUCCGCCAUUGACAUGCUUACCUCUGCAUUACGAAGCAAUAUAAUUCCUAACCAAGAGUACCUACUCCAAGGAAGUGUUAUCGACUCAUCAGCUGAAGUCCUGCAUAACCGAUUACGUGGUUUAUGUGAUGCUGCUGAAACUGGACCAGAAACAUUCCAUGAUCAUGAAAUGUGUUUCAGUCUAAAAGCCAGUAGUCCGGGGGGCACUCCCCAGCAGCAGCAGUCGUUUUUGCUACGUGUACGACGAGCCCUGGAUCAUCCUGAGUAUCCAUGGCAAUUAAGAUACUUAGGACAACCUGAACUUGGUGAAAAGAACCAGCCUACAGUUUUAAGAAGCUGCAUUGAUAUUGCCUGUACCCCUAAUGUAGUGGAAUUUUUAUCUGAACUUGGAUGUCGAAUUGAGUUUGAAUAUGUUCUAAAAGGAUAUCUCUUCAGAAAAGGAAGAAUGAAAGUUACCAUGUCAAAAAUAUUUCGGAUGGGUCAGGCCAAAUCUCCAGACAGCCUGGAACCGAUGACCGGAAGUUACCUAGUGGAACUUUCUCUUUUGGCUCCUAGUGGACAAGACGCUGUUGCGGAUGAAAUCAAAGUCUUUGCCGAACAACUUAGACCAUUGGUUCACCUUGAAAAGAUCGAUUAUAGAAGGCUUCAGUCGUAUUCAUGAGCUAAACCCAAGAUCGGACAAACCUUAAUUUUUUUCUGGUUACUUCCUGCAAGAUAAGUAUCUCAAUAAUUGCUGGUUGUUACUAUAACUAUUCUUUUUUGAAUAAAAUUGGUUUCUUUCUUUCAA